AGUCCUCUCCUUCCGGGUCGGAUUUUCUUGAACCUGUCUGUCGUGUUCGUCUUGCAUGAUGGCUGCGCCCAGCCGGGAUGAAAAGAAAAGGAAGCAGUUUGGGAAUCGUUUCCUCACUGAUGCGACUCGGGUUUUUCAACACAACGCCUGGGAUAAUGUGGAAUGGUCUGAAGAGCAGGAAGCUGCUGCACAAGCAAAGGUCCAAGAACAGAGCAUGCAGUUAGUACCACAAGAUCAACAAGAUGCUUAUGAAAUCAAUGCCAACAUGUAUUGGGAUGAUUUCUAUAAAACCCAUGAAAAUGGAUUUUUUAAAGAUCGCCAUUGGUUGUUCACAGAGUUUCCUGAACUAGCUCCAAACCACGCUCAAGGUCAGAUUGCCAUACAUAAUUCUAAGGAAACUGUGAAAAACAUCAAAAAUUCAAGUCUUAGAAGCUACUCUGACAAACUUUGUACAAGAGAUAAUAAAGAUUUGGAACAUGUGGAUCCAGAAAGAAAGAAUAAUAGUAACAUCACCCAUCAGCUGCAGUCAGAAGAUAAAAUGGCAUCACAGCUGCAGGAAGAGAAAGUAAUAAAAGAUGUUGACUUCCCAGGAUCAUCUGCUACGUACAGAAUAUUAGAGGUGGGAUGUGGUGCAGGAAAUACGGUCUUUCCUAUCCUUCAAACCAACAAUGAUCCAGGCCUUUUUGUAUAUUGUUGUGACUUCUCUACUACAGCAGUGGAUCUUGUCCUGGCCCAUCCAGAAUAUGAUGCCUCUCGUUGCUUUGCCUUCGUUCAUGACCUGACCAAGAAUCAGACGCCUUUUCCAAUGCCAGACGAGAGCCUUGAUGUGAUAGUUCUUAUCUUCGUCCUUUCAUCUAUUCUUCCAGAAAAAAUGCAGUGUGCAAUCAAUAGGCUUAGCCAUCUUCUAAAACCUGGUGGAAUUAUUUUAUUACGAGAUUAUGGCCGGUUUGAUCUAGCCCAACUCCGCUUUAAGAAAGGUCAAUGUCUGGCUGAUAAUUUCUAUGUGAAAGGAGAUGGAACCAGAGUUUAUUUCUUCACACAAGAUGAGUUGGAUUUUCUGUUUUCUACUGCUGGCUUAGAGAAAAUUCAAAAUAUUCUUGAUCGCCGCCUCCAGGUUAACAGAGGAAAACAAAUCACCAUGUAUAGAGUCUGGAUCCAAUGUAAAUACCAGAAGCCACCAGGAGAUAACAAGUCUGUAGCAGAGAGAAUUUCUUCAAUUAUUAAUUGAACUUAAUGAGAUCUCCUUUUCUGGGAGAAUGUGCUAUACAGAAAAUUAUCAUAUAUAUGAUACAUACAUGUAACUCUGUUGUACUGUUCUUGGAUGAUCAUUGCUUUUUGAUGGUGAACUUUUUAAAUUUGGAACUGGUCAAAUUCAGUCUACCCAGCAUUUGUAAUGAGUUUGAUAUAUUGCACAAAUUUUUCAGAAUUCUCAUAACUUAUAAUUCCUACAGAAACACUUUCAAUCCCAGUUUAUCCAUUGCCAAAGUAGUUUUCUUAUGUGGCCUGCGAGAGGUCAUUUUUUCUCUAGUUUAAAAAGAUUAUUAAAUUUUAAA